CCUUCGACCUGCAAGAUACCUUUCUCUCUCAUGGAUUGCGCUUCCGAAUAUCUCCUUUAAUACCCGACAUCAACACACUUUUCCCUCCCGGACUCGGUAUAUUGCGAUGACGCGACUCCGCGCGAUACAACGUUAAUCAGAGUGCUGUGUAGCCCAGAAUGACGAACCUAACAAGUAUCAUCGACGGCUCAGCUGGCUCUGCCCAAGGCAAAGUAGGCACCACUAUCCAAACGUUUCUCAUAUCUCUCUCGGCUGGGUUCGUUCUCUUUGGCGUGCAAUUCGGUGCCUUCCUCAUCUUCAGGAAUUACCUCUGGUCAAAGCGAAUCUACCAACCAAGAUCUUUCCUGAUACCACUCAAAGACAGAGUCAAGCCACCGCCAAACAAUCCUUUGAAAUGGCUUGUGACCGUUUUCAAGAUCGAGGAGGACCCGGAAGUUCUGCGGAAGGCGGGCAUGGACGCGUACUUCUUUCUUCGGUAUCUGUCCAUGUGCCUAAAGAUUUUCUUCCCGAUGGCGCUGGUGAUUAUACCGAUUUUAAUACCUCUGAAUUACGUUUCUGGGAAGGGUACGAGGAUCGAUGGCAAUAACCACUUCAACGUUACCGGCCUGGAUACGCUUGCUUGGUCGAAUGUGUCUCCAGAGCAUACCUCGCGUUACUGGGCGCAUUUGGUUCUGGCAGUGAUUGUGGUGGUAUGGGUCGGCUACAUUUUCUACAAAGAGCUUUAUCAUUACAUUCGCAAGCGUCAAGAGUUUCUUGGGAGCCCGAGUCAUCGACUAAAAGCGUCGAGUACCACAGUUCUCAUCACGGACAUUCCCGAAGAUCUCUGUAGCCCGGAGGCGCUCACCGAGCUGUAUGACGACUUUCCUGGUGGUAUACGCAGAAUCUGGAUCAAUCGCGACUUCAGUGCUCUUGUUAGUAAGGACGAGGUUCGCAAGUCAUUCGAAUCCCGUCUGGAGAACGCGGAGACGAACUUACUACGGAAAGUGGUCAAAAGCUAUCGCAAGCAACAGAAGAGGAAGGCGAGAGGAGCAUUGAACGAUUCCGCUCCGACACCUACAGAGCCAUUGGAGAUGGAUGUCCAAUCAAUACGAUCUCCAUCAGACUCAGGUCGAGUAGAGUCUGCUCAGUCUCAGCGUGCACUACAGGAAAAUAUUGAUAGCGCCACAACCCCAGUAGCUUGCCAGACUGAUCUUGAGUAUGAUAUGGAAACGAAAGCUGCUUGGACGCAAUACCUGGGCCCAAAACAACGAGAAUCCAUGAGAAUACCGAAAGGCAAUCACACGGCGGCAUUCAAGAUUCCUCUGAUUGGGCGAUUCUUCUCUACUAAGGUCGACACUAUCUACUACUGUCGCAGGGAACUUGCUCGCCUGAAUAAAGAAAUCGAGAAUGAGGUCGAUCUCCCGGAAUCUUAUUCCCACAACCAGUCGGCUUUUAUACAGUUCAACAAUCAGAAGGCGGCUCAUCUCGCUUGCCAAGCUGUCGCCGACAUUCGCCCAAGACAGAUGACAAACCGCACAGUUGAGAUCUCACCAGCAGACAUCAAUUGGGCGGCCUUGAAUUUGUCUUGGAGAGGCCGAUAUCUACGCCUAGCUGCGUUCAUCUUGAUCUUCGCUCUCCUAAUACUAGUGUUUGGUAUCAUUUCUUUUGCUACUGGUAUUCUAUCCAAAGCCUCGACGCUGUCAAACUCAUAUCAUUGGUUACGCUGGAUCGGAGACUUGCCUCCGUGGCUACUCUCCUUCAUACAGGGUACCCUACCACCAGUCAUUCAAGUCAUCCUUUUGAGUGGACCGCUUCCAAUAAUACUCCGAGCGCUUACCAACAGCACCAGAGGCGCCACAACUGGCUCACAGGGCGAGCGUUCACUUCAAUUAUGGUACUUCAUCUUCCUGGUAAUCGAAAUUUUCCUCAUACCCACAAUUUCUGCCGGGUUGACUUCGAUUGUGAACACAAUCAUCUCAAAUACCAUGUCGGUUCCGGAAAUCCUGGCCCAGGACUUACCCACCGCAUCAAACUACUUCUUCUCAUUCUUGAUCCUGCAAGCGCUUUCCAUCAGCGCCAGUUCGAUACUGCAAACUAUCCGCUUGUUUAACUUCUAUGUCAUCGGUGGCGUCAAUACUCCGGACAGCGUAUUCGAGAAGCUUUCAUGGACCAACCGAACUCGCAUAGGAUCAAACAUUCCGUGGUACACAACCUUUGCGGUUAUAGGUCUCGUUUACUCAGUAAUCGCGCCGCUGAUGCUAAUCUUCAUGAUCAUCACGUUCAGUCUCUUCUGGUUUGUGAUUAAGAACAAUAUCUUGUACGUCAUCCGAACUGGAAACGUAGACGGCGGCGGACUGUUCUUUCCAAGUGCCAUCAAUCAGCUCUUCACCGGUCUCUACUUCAUGGAGAUCUGCCUCAUCGGUCUCUUCUUCUUGGUGCGCAAUAGAAAGGGCAACCUUGCGUGUGAAGCUCAAGGUAUCAUCAUGGCAGUUGUUCUAGUAUUCACCAUCUUCUACCAGAUCUGGCUCACCACAAACUUUAACGGUCUCUUCAAAUUCGCUCCAGUCCGCCAGUUGUCAGAGGCAGCGAAACGGGAUGAGGAUAUUGAAAUGGAACGCCUAACCACAGCGCCUGAAGCAAUCGAUCAACCCGCUCUGAGCAGCGACAAGGAACUAGGCUCAAGCGAAAAGAUUCCGAUUGACUCUCCCUCCAGCAAAACCGAGCUUCACCCACCACCACAACGACAUCGAAAUUCCGACGCAGAUCUCAGUCCAGACCUGAAACUGGGAAGAAGAACGUCGACCUUCCGCUCCAAUUACACAGCCGCCCUUCCCCGCGCACAAGACAUGCAAGACCAACAACGCGCCGACCGCGAAUCCGCGAAGCACAUCCUCGCGCGCCUCAACCGGCCUCUUAACGAGACUCGUCUCGCACAGCUUGAGAACGACCUCGCGCAAGUCGAAGAGCGCGUCGGUAACGUCCUCAUACCGCGUCGCAAGGACAUCGAGGCCCAGAUGAUGAACGACCCCAUCUCGAAGAUCAUUAUGCAGCAUAACGACGAGCUGGAGGACCUCGAGCCCGAGGAGCGUGACAUCCUCCUAUCCGUGGCGUUUACGCAUCCGAUUAUGCGGCAGACGAAACCGAGCGUGUGGAUCCCGCAGGAUGAGGUAGGAGUGAGCGACGACGAGGUUCGGCGGAUGAGGAAGCUGAGUAGUGACCUGUUUGUGGAUAAUCGGGGCGCGUACUUCAAUAGGAAAUUGAAGGUGAAGGUAGACAAGCCGCCACCCGAUAUGUCGGAGUUUGCGCUUGUGAUGGCGGAGUUGUAGAUGCGAGCUUAGCAUUGUGGCAUUGCGCUGUAUAUCGAGUUGAAGGAGGUGUUAUUUUUGUAAAGCCGUACCACCCCUGGGGUUCCCUAGAGUAAUCUAUAUAUAUACCUAGACUUUUCCUAAAGAAAUAAAGAUGAAAAUAAGACCGGUAAACGU